AUGUCCAAUAAUUCUCCCUGUCAAAGCCAAGAAAGUACAGAAAGCAAUUCAGAAAAUUCUAUCAAACAAAAUGUAAAUUUGGAUGCUUUACAAAAGUCCGCAUCGAACAUAUUUCACGUACAAUGUACCUCUAUACAAGAAUUUAGUGAAGGUGGUUUUCAUAAAGUGUACAUCUUAAAGAUGGAAGAUGGUAAAGAAUAUAUUGGAAGA